AUGUCUCAAAGCGUGUCUCAGUUCAUAUUCUUCCGUGUUAAGUCGUCCGUUAAACCCGAAGAUCCGUCCAGUGAGGAAGGCGAGGCUCUACUGAACGUAUUCUGUUUGACUAAACAGCAAAACGGCCAUCAAGGUUCCGCUUGGGGGCGUGUGGUUGAAGAUACGGACACCAUAGUUUGGGUUGUAGAUUGGUCCGACCCCCGCACUGCAACGGACAAGUCGCUCCUUGAUCGCUUCCUCGCACCUGAUAAUCCACAAGCACCAACAUCAAUCUACGUCACGCUCACCCCACCUAUCUCCACAACCUCAACUCUCACCAAAAACCCAGUCACGGAGCUGUGCUCGCUGCCAUUUGCGAGCACUAUUUCAGCACUGGAGCAGAGACAGCUCGAUACGGAUCUGAUUAACUUCCGUGCCGCGCUGAUGGAGCAGUUGCCGCAGUCAACGGGGCCAUGUUCGUGGGCGAUGGGGUAUAUUGACCGACCAACUAAGCUAGUCCAUGCCAAUAGUCCCAGUGGGCACGCGGUGGUGCAUUUCCUGACUGUUGGCUGGGACAGCGUAGAAGCGCAUAUGAAGGCCAAAGAGAGCACCAAGUUUAGUGAGAGUAUGGCACCUCUCAGGAAGAAGAUGCUAGCGCCUAUUCCUGGGUUGGAGAUGAAACAUGUCAGUUUUCAACAUAUCUAG